ACCGUUCGUCGGGGUCACCAAAAGGGUCCAACGACACCCUUCACAUGCCAUUGCUUUGGCCACACUGCGUUGGGACUUGAAAAGAAAUUUGCGCCCUCGUUUUUGGGUUUCCCUAAUAAAUUGGAAGAAAAGGUGCAAGUUGAAUCCCAAUGCGACGUUCGAAGGCUCCCUCGAUGCGCCGGGCAGCUAAGCGCGAAACUGAAGAUCCAGCUUCUCUCGUGGAACCACAGUCAUCAUGCCCCUGGCCCAGCACCUCUCUUCCGAGCGAAUGGGGAUCCUCCAAGGGCCCCGAAAACCUGGGACCCCGAGAACUCAAGGCUGGAGAGAAUCCCCUGAGGGAGAGCCGCAUCUUCCAUGUGCUCUGGCGCAAUCAGACCACCAAAAAGCACAAGACAUGGACUGGCAACGGAACCCUGGUGGUCACCGGAUCCAUAGUAACCCUUAAGGAUGACACUGGCAAGGUUGUGGACACCAUGACGUGCUUCAAGCAGCGGGAUUUCAAGGAGAACGAUCAGCUGCAAGUCGGCACCAGAGAUGUGGAGGUCCAGGAGGAAAUUAAAACACUCGAGGAGUGCGUUUCCCAACGCAAGUUGGAGAUUGCCACCUGGUGCCAGAAAAUUGAUGCACUCAAUGGCCAUUCGGAUACAUCGCCACCUUCCGUGGCCAAUGCUCCCUUUAGAUCACAUGUGCUAAAGAAAAUAAAGCGCGAGGAAAACUUUAUGGAGGUAGAGAAACCAUCGACUUGGGGAUCCUCCGAGAGUAGUAAACAGCAAGAAACCCUACCUCAUGUAAACACUGCUCCCUGUAUAUCCAAUGAGCUGGAGAGGGCAAUAAAUAAAGUAAGACCCACGGAGGUACAGGAUCCUUCCACGUCGAGAUUCACCAGUGUGGAAUAUCUGUGCUUCUUAACUCCAGCAGCACUUCAAGAAAGCAUAUUUGUUUUUCUGGCUGAAUGCAUAAAAAAAUGUAAAGUAGAUCCUUUUCUAAUAAAGGAAAUGGUCCAAGUGGUAUGCGAUCAUCCCGUUCUACUGAAAACUCUCUUCAAGAAUACGGACUUUACGGAACUUAUGCAGGUAUUGGAGCCCAAGCUGCCGCCCUGGACAGAAAUGGGCCUCUACGACUCCGCCAAGUUUGAGUUCGUCCAUGUAAUGCUGGACCACUUAGUCCUAGAAAGGAAAGAGAAAUGCUGCAUUUUGGCGAACACUCAGGAUUGCUUGAGACUAGUUGUGGGCUACUGCCAGAGCUAUGAUAUAGACCAUGCGCAGCUGGAUAGCCACCAAAAAGUAGCUGUCUUUAACUCCAAUGAGAAACCAAUGGUUGGCCUAGUUCUUAGCUGUAACUUACCAGAGGUUCGAUCUCUGCACUGUAAACACCUUAUAAUUUAUAAUCACGAUGCCAGAGAGGAAGCCUCCCAACUGCUGGCAUGUAGAGAAACAAGCACAAAAGUAUACACACCAAUCACAUCUGGAGGUGGUCCCGAGGAAAUGCAGUUCUAUAGACGACUUGGUCGGAUAACAGAUAAUAAUUCCCUGGGGGAUCUUCAAAAUUACGGAAGUGGGCAGAUGCCAAGCACUGUUUACGAGCUAGACACCUGGACCAAAAUUGAACCACCCUUUAGCAAUAAUUUCUUUGAGGAAUCCACUAUCUCUGAUAGUCUGGAAAGCCUAUUACUGGUUUAUUCAAGGAAAACAGUAGCAAAUCUUAAAAAAUAAGAAAUAAUAAUAGUUUUCAUUUAAACUUCAGUAAGUGAACAAUUUCGGAAUCUUAAUAGUCAAAACAUAUUCUUGGGAAUAUGUAAAUCUAAUUCUAAUAAUACUUAUCUUAUGCUGUUUCAAUUUUUGAAAUGUUUAAGGAAAGAGAGUUCUUAAGCUA